CCCCCCCUCUCCCCCCCUCCCCCCUCCCUGUCUCUCUCUUGCCUGCACAAGAGAAGAGCCAAUCAUCCCAUUGUUACAAGAACAUCAUCGUGAAUUGUAACAUUUUGGGGAUUGCUGUGGGAUUGGCUGCUCCGGAAAAACGUUGUCGUUCAUAGGACGCUCUGUUUGAUACCUAACAUUGCGAGGGAGGCCAUCAGACCAACAGGAUUUAGGAUUUCAGAAUCAACCCAACUCCAGUUUCUCUCCACUUUUCUGCCCUGUUUUUGAUUUUGAAAUGCAGAAUUUGCCUGCACACAAAAUGGAUAGCAGAAAUAAGAAAUCUCCCUCGACUUUACCGCUUCCACCUCCAUUGUCUCCUGAUUUCAUAACCAGGUUUCAUCAGAAAGGCUUGAAGAUGACCGGAUCAAAUAUCAGACUGUGCUGUAUCCCUAAUGUCACAAAUACUUCGUGGGACCGUCUUUUCGAUGAAGGUUACAGAGCAGAUAUUUCCAUUUUAACGGAUGACGGUGGUGUAAUCUACGCGCACGCAAGUAUUCUUGGUGUUGCGUCUCCCGUGUUCAAGGCUAUGCUCAAGAGAAAAAAGGGCCGAGGCCAGAAACGAACAAUCUCCAUUCGUGGAGCUCCGGCUGAGGCAGUUCGUGUUUUUGUCCGAUUCUUGUACUCUUCCUGCUAUGCAGAUGAAAAGAUGAAGGAAUUUGCAUUGGCUUUAUUGGUGCUUUCACACGCAUACGCUGUUCCUCAGCUAAAACGACUAUGUGAGUGUUGGCUUGAGCACAGGUUGAUGACGACAGAGAACGUAAUUGAUAUAUUUCAGCUUGCUUUGUUGUGUGAUGCUCCUCGGCUCAGCCUCAUUUGCCAUCGCUUCAUCCUGGCAAACCUCAAGGCCGUUUGCGCCUCAGAGGCAUGGAAAGACAUGAGAGACAGCCACCCCGUCCUUGAAAGGGAAAUUCUCGAGUCCGUGAUUCAUGAAGAUGCUAAACAAAAGGAGAAGAUGAGGAAGAUGAACGAGAACAAAGUCUACAUACAGCUGUACGAGGCAAUGGAAGCUCUCGUUCACAUAUGCAGAGACGGUUGUCGAACUAUUGGCCCCCAUGACAAGGUCUUGAGAGACGAUCAGGCUCCUUGUCAAUACGCAGCCUGUAAGGGGCUGGAAGCACUCAUUCGCCACUUUGCUGGAUGUAAGCUGAGAGGUCCCGGAGGCUGCAUCCACUGCAAGAGAAUGUGGCAAAUCUUGGAACUGCACUCCCGGCUUUGUGCACAUUCAGAUGAUUGCAGAGUCCCUUUAUGCAGGAACUUUAGGCAGAAGAGGAGGAAGCAAAGCAAGAAAGAGGACAUUAGAUGGAGAAUUCUGGUGAAGAAAAUAGUGAGAUCAAAGAGCAUAACUGGAGGCCCAUACUUUUCACUGGAAUCAGCAUAAUGCAAACGCUGCUUUCUGAUUGUAGGAGAGAAUACAUUAUACAUCGUAUUCCUUUAUAUUUACUAGUUUGUUAGUACAUUAGUAGCUAGAAAGACACAGCAGAAAGAUGAUUCUUUUCUCUCUCUCUCUCUCUCUCUUUUUUUCUUUUUUUUUUUUUUUUAUAUAUAUAUAAAUUUGAUUGUAUUUAUAUAUUUUUUUUUUGUUCUGUUCUUACAAUGGUCCACAAGAGACAUAACGAGGCCUUUGCCUCUCUAAUUCCUAAAGAUUUUGUUAAGGUACUUAGUUUAGAGCAAGUCUUUUGGGGAUCACAGGCGAAAUUCGGAUCUAGAAAUGGCAAGAGAUCCAAGUCACAACCGGUAAAUCGGUUUCGUGUCGGGUUCGGGUUUAUGUACAUAAUAUUCUUUUUUUCUUUUUAAUAUCAGAAUAUAAUAGUUAUAGUAUAUUAUUUUGUAUCUAGGUGGGUUCGGGUU